AUGAAGGGGUACCUGGACCAGCAGGUGCCGUUCACCCUCCCGCAGCAGCCUCCGGGCCAGGCGGCUCCUGGCGGCGGAGCUCUGCUGGGCGCUAGGAAGAGACCCGGGGACGCGGGCUCGGCGCCGGCGCAGGAUUCGGAAGACCUCUUCCAGGACUUGAGCCAGUUCCAGGAGACUUGGCUGACAGAAGGUAGGCUCCUUUCCCUUGCUCUAUUUCGUUUUUGCCAAAUCUAAUUCUCCUCUCUCUCUGUCCCUCCCCUGGCAGCUCAGGUUCCAGACAGUGAUGAGCAAUUUGUGCCUGACUUUCAUUCAGAAAACUUAGCUUUUCAUAGUCCUCCUGCUAAGAUCAAAAAGGAGCCUCAAAGUCCCUCAUCAGACCACACAGUGUCCUGCAGCCACCAGCAGCCAUUCCAGUACCACAAUGGCGAGCAGUGCCUUUAUGCCAGUGCCUAUGAUCAACCCAGACAAGUUGGAAUCAAGUCCCCCAGCCCAAGAUCCUCAAUACAGUUACCACUCCAACAGUUCCCCAGAGAGGACCGGAGCUUCCUGACCCCUGCGGGGCCACCCCACCCCACAUCCAGCUGUGGAUACCUCAGUGAAAACAGCUCUGCGUAUCAGCCCCCUGUGGAGAUGUGCCAUUCCUUCCCCUCCUCCCAGGGCAUGGCCCAGGAAGAUCCCAUUGCCUACCAGCACCAGAUGUCCAAGCCCUGCCUUCAGUACCCUGAUCAGGGCUUCAAACAGGAGUACCACGACCCACGGUAUGAGCAAGCAAGCCGGGCAGGCAGCAGUCAUCAGUACCCAGCAGGAAUGAUGAUCAAGCAGGAGCAGGUGGACUACAUGUAUGACUCAGAUUUUCCUGGCUGUCCUUCCAUGUACAUAAAUGUUGAGAGUUAUCCAAGCGUUUCCAAUACAGAAGAUGCAUUAGGCUGCAGCUAUGACAAGCAGAGGAGGCCCUUUACUGAUGAUGUCUGUGUUGUUCCAGAAAAAUUUGAAGCAGGAGACAUGAAGCAGGAAGCUGGAGGGUAUCGGGAAGGACCUCCAUACCAAAGACGGGGAUCUCUCCAACUCUGGCAAUUUCUUGUGGCUUUACUGGAUGAUCCAACCAAUUCCCACUUCAUUGCUUGGACUGGUCGAGGGAUGGAGUUCAAGCUCAUUGAGCCAGAGGAGGUAGCCAGGCUGUGGGGUAUCCAAAAGAACCGUCCAGCCAUGAACUACGACAAACUGAGCCGAUCCCUUCGUUACUACUAUGAGAAAGGCAUCAUGCAGAAGGUGGCUGGAGAGCGCUACGUGUACAAGUUUGUGUGUGAGCCUGAAGCCUUGUUCUCUCUGGCCUUCCCUGAUAACCAGCGGGCAACUCUGAAGGCAGAGUUUGACCGACAGAUCAGUCAGGAAGACACAGUGCCUCUUUCUCAUCUGGAUGAGAAUGCCACUUAUCUGCCAGACCUUGGGAGCCUCCCUCCACAGCUUUACAGCAAAGGCUACACAUACUAGCAUUGCUGGGAGCAUGCUGUGCCCCCCUUGCUUGUGUAUAUAAGGAGAUGUCUGGUUAGUAUUCUGUCAGUAUAAACAUUUUUCCCAGUCCAGCCUAGGGUGGCACUAAACUAUGAAUACCUACUUUGGCCAGGAAAAAUGUUCAGGUACACAUGAAUAAUCAUCUGGCAGUUGAUAGGGCUCUUGUGUGCUUGUGAUAAGACCCUCCCAUUUGUCAGGAUGGGACUCAUUCUCAGUUAUGUAGACAUCUUCCAUGGAGCAGAGCUGCA